GAUACAUAUGUGGCCUGGCUAUCUCCGGUCUUUUCCUCUGUUAUUUACUAACUAUUCAAUGUAUACUUAGUAAUAACAUCUUCAUUUCCGAUACCGAUACACAGGUACCUACCCCACUUGGUGGGAUCCCUGCAGUGAGCGAAUCUAUUUUGGCAUAGGUAUGGUCCGCCAUCGACGUAAUGUACUUGCACCUUGUCUUGAUCGUAAUGAUGAUGACUCUCAAUUGACAACAGCGGCAUUGUAUCUAUCUAAGCUAGCCGUAUACUGCACAUUGAAUGUAAUCUGCGGAGUUGUCAGAAACACCUUUCGAACCUUGCAGCCUCAGGCACAGGUGAGCUAACGGCGUCCAGCCAAGCCAUCUGGUCAUCUCAACAUUCUUCGCUGGCAAGCUCCUAGCACGAUCGAGCACAUACGAAUGCGCAGACAGACUCGCGAGUCGCCCUAUUCCCUCGUCAAUGGGUUCCCAUACAUUAUUAGCAAACUCGGCAAAAACUUCGCGGCUUGAUUAAGGUAACCAAACCUUGAUCCAUCCGAAUCACACGAACGACUACUGUUGCCGACAUCAUCCAAUCACGCGCUCGUGCUAGACAUAGACACACUAUACACGGCGCUGCUGCCAUCUCAAUAGCGAUAUUAGAUGGCUACCAGGAGUGAUGUGACUCGGCGCCCGCCGUCGGGUUCUCCCAUGCGUUUCAUAUCGGUUGAUAAUGUCUUGCAAUACGCCUCAGAAAUUCCAUCAGGGCAGCCUCGUGUACCUCCGCCGCGAGGGCCUCGAAGUAUUGCGGGCGUUCGUCGCGUGAGUGGGGGAGGUUUACCGAACCUGGCGCCGCGCACUGGACAGCAAAAUAUGCCUUCGAGAACCACACGAAUUAGCGAGAAACUAGUACUACUUCCCGAAACACCAGACGAGCCCGAAAACGACGAGGAUGAGGAGCGAAUACAGGUGGAGGAUGAAGGGAGACCAUUGAAGGAUGAGGAGCGCGAUGUGCUACGGAAACGAGGCGGGCUUCGAGGAAAGAGCUAUGCCGAACGUCUUCCUAAGUUUGAACGGGCCGAAAAGCUUGCCCGUCUUACUGCGUAUUGCACGGCACAGUCUUACAAGAUAAAAUCUACCUCUGAAUUCUUACGCAAGAAGCACGAUGCUAAGACUAAACUUUACGACGACUGCCUCUAUACUGUAUACCAUACCCCACUACUUUCUGGUGUUGACGGCUACCGCGUACGAAGUCGACCCAUACUCAAGACCCCUGGUACUGGAAAGACGGUCCUGGACCUUGAAAUAGAGAGGAGCGAACAACGGGACGAGCACAUGGGAUACUAUGACGAGUACGGAUUCGGCGAACACGCGGCAAGUCCCAAAAAUACUGAGAGUAGUCGCCACCAAAACUCGGACGAAGGACGAGCAACCAACAACAACACCCAGGACAACGGCCAUGUAAAGCCUGUGAACAGGUUUGUUCCUGAUGCCAAGCAAUUUGCAGAGAUGUUCGUCUUCUCUUAUGGUGUUGUAGUCUUUUGGAACUUCACGGAACAACAGGAGAAGGCUAUUCUGGCUGAUAUCACUUUUGCCGAAAGCGAGACCGGGCUGUCUUUGGUCACACGCCCGCUCGAGCAGAGUGACUUCGAAACCGAGGAAUUCCACUUUGAAUACAACGACGAUGUCAAACGUCCAAGGAUCUUCAACGACAUGAUCACGUUGUUGCCACGAUCUGAUCACAUGGUCAGGCUCACCAUAAGUCACGCGAUAGCGCAGAGCACAAAGCUUUGCUUCUUCGAGGAACGAAUGUCGGAGACCCUGACUGACGCCCAGGAUGUGCCGAAGCGGCUCGCUUUAACCGGUCAGCUCAAUAUGACGAGGACAGAGAUCGUCAAGAUCCUUGGGCGCCUGUUCAAGAGUCGCGUUGAAAUAAAUCUCUCGUCCAAUAUUCUAGACGUCCCCAACUUCUUCUGGGACGCCGAACCCACGCUGCACCCACUGUACGUCGCCAUUCGCGACUAUCUUGAAAUCGACCCGCGCACCAAGGUGCUCAAUGAGCGAUGCCGCGUUUUCCUGGACCUUGCCGAAAUUCUCUCGGAUUCAGUUGCCGACUCGAAGAUGAGUGCGAUCACAUGGAUCAUCAUCAUUCUCAUCAUCGUCAGCAUCCUGGUCACGGUCACCGAGGUUGUCCUGCGCUUCACCAUGUUGUCUAAAGAAAGAGGGAAUAAUAAUGAACUGAUCCUAUCGCUUGAUGGAGGGGAUAGACUGCCAUCUAUCCUGGCUAGGUCGAACUAUACCUUAGACGACCUUAGAUCGUGGGGAGCCAGCUUGACUGAGCAGGAGCGGGCCGCGAUCUGCGGGUCUGACUUUAUCGGGACUACAUAUGCAGGCGUUUAAUCUGACUUGACGCGCCUUUACUUAAAGUUUGCCCACCUGGAGCGGCGGUAAUAAUUCGUAAUUUUGUUUGGCGUCUGAAAAAAAAUGGGAAUUAUACCCGUUGUUAGGUACGUGGCGCAUAUGGAAUCGGUUGCAAUUGUCAGGUACUUCGUGGUCUCUGAGUCUUCUGAGUCUGCAAAUCGGUGAAUAAAUCUGCUAUGGUGUUUGUGUAUAGAGUAAUAAUCAGAUCAUUACAUUGCCUUCAUAGAUAGAAAGUACCUUUUCACCAAAUUUCAAUCGUCGGGUUCACUCUAUUUAGGUUGGUCGCCCAUAUAGUCUAGAACCCUCGAACCGGGAAUGAGGUACUUGGGUUGUAUAUGUACAAGCGAUAGUUAGAAUACGUAGAUCGGGAUAUUUAAUCUAUUGCCAGUACCGCUUAUUGAAAGACGCGAUGCAUUUCUCUAUCUGACAUGCGGUCAUGCUCCUAGGAGAAUAUUGUAGCAUUA